CGCAGGGAGACAGGUGGUGACUGCGACGGUGAGGGGAGCUGAGACUGUGUCUGGGCAGCCAAGCCAGGCCAGAAGGACCAUGUGAAGGGCCAGAGGGCUCCUGGGCUGGACAGGGAUCAUGGGCUGUAGCUGCAGCUCAAACCCUGAAGAUGACUGGAUGGAAAAUAUCGAUGUGUGUGAGAAUUGCCAUUAUCCCAUAGUUCCACUGGACGGCAAGGGCACGUUGCUCAUGAGGAAUGGCUCUGAAGUACGGGACCCACUUGUCACCUAUGAGGGCUCCAACCCCCCAGCUUCCCCACUGCAAGAUAACCUGGUUAUCGCCCUGCACAGCUAUGAGCCCUCUCACGACGGAGACCUGGGCUUCGAGAAGGGUGAACAGCUCCGCAUCCUGGAACAGAGUGGCGAGUGGUGGAAGGCACAGUCCCUGACCACAGGCCUGGAAGGCUUCAUCCCUUUCAACUUCGUGGCCAAAGCGAACAGCCUGGAACCGGAACCCUGGUUCUUCAAGAACCUGAGCCGCAAGGACGCUGAGCGGCAGCUCCUGGCGCCCGGGAACACGCACGGUUCCUUCCUGAUCCGAGAGAGCGAGAGCACAGCGGGAUCGUUUUCACUGUCGGUCCGGGACUUCGACCAGAACCAGGGAGAGGUGGUGAAACAUUACAAGAUCCGUAACCUAGACAACGGCGGGUUCUACAUCUCCCCUCGCAUCACUUUUCCCGGACUGCAUGAACUGGUCCGCCAUUACACCAAUACUUCUGAUGGGCUGUGCACUAGGUUGAGCCGCCCCUGCCAGACACAGAAGCCCCAGAAGCCGUGGUGGGAGGACGAGUGGGAGGUUCCCAGGGAGACGCUGAAGCUGGUGGAGCGACUGGGGGCCGGCCAGUUCGGGGAGGUGUGGAUGGGGUACUACAACGGGCACACGAAGGUGGCGGUGAAGAGCCUGAAGCAGGGCAGCAUGUCCCCUGACGCCUUCCUGGCUGAGGCCAACCUCAUGAAGCAGCUGCAGCACCCGCGGCUGGUCCGGCUCUACGCGGUGGUCACCCAGGAGCCAAUCUACAUCAUCACUGAAUAUAUGGAGAAUGGGAGCCUGGUGGAUUUUCUCAAGACUCCCUCAGGCAUCAAAUUGACCAUCAACAAACUCUUAGACAUGGCAGCCCAAAUUGCAGAGGGCAUGGCAUUCAUCGAAGAGCGGAAUUACAUCCACCGUGACCUGCGAGCUGCAAACAUCCUGGUGUCUGACACUCUGAGUUGCAAGAUUGCAGACUUUGGCCUAGCACGUCUCAUCGAGGAUAAUGAGUACACAGCCAGGGAGGGGGCCAAAUUUCCCAUUAAGUGGACAGCACCAGAGGCCAUUAACUACGGGACAUUCACCAUCAAGUCAGAUGUGUGGUCUUUUGGAAUUCUAUUGACAGAGAUUGUCACCCAUGGCCGUAUCCCUUACCCAGGGAUGACCAAUCCUGAGGUGAUUCAGAAUCUAGAGCGAGGCUACCGCAUGGUAAGGCCUGACAACUGUCCAGAGGAGCUGUACCAACUCAUGAUGCUGUGCUGGAAGGAGCGUCCAGAGGACCGGCCCACCUUUGACUACCUGCGCAGUGUACUGGAGGACUUCUUCACGGCCACAGAGGGCCAGUACCAGCCCCAACCUUGACAGGCCUAGCUGGCCUGAGGCUUUCCCCCAUCUGGCCACCCUGGCUUGGGAAGAUGGGGUUCUUAUGUCAUACCCACAUGGCAUAUGCACUUAUGGACUACACACACGAAUCUCACUCACAUGCGACACAUACGUAUUGUGUCUCAUAUGCAUAUCCCAUAGUUGUGUGGGCUCUACAUGUGUUUUGUACAUGUCUAGCCUGUGCACAUAUGUUUUGGAUACCAUCUAAAGUGUCUCUUUCUGGACACUGCCAUUUUCUGAGACUACAGAGGGGGAGCGAGGCCUAUGAUCGACACCUGCUUCUGUCCACCUCUUUUCUUUCUCUAGUCUAGAAGCUCCUUGCAAUCUGGAACCUUAUCUAAUACUUUUUGUACUUCUCCUCAGUGCCUAGCACACAAUAGGAGUUCAAUAAAUCUCAGCU